AUGGCGAGCGGCGCCGUCCAACCCCACCACGUGGCGGUGGAUGUCAACAAUGGGGAGGACGACGGCGAGGCCACGGCCGCCGACCAGCUCUGGGCGACCAUCGAGCGCGUCGCCUCCCCUCAGCGGCGCAACCUCGCCAUCGUCGUGCCCGACCCCGGCAGUGGCAGCACCGGCGGCGGCGGCGGAGGACGCAGUGCAGAGAAGAAGGGCGGCGAGGUCGUGGACGUGCGGAGGCUGGACCGGCAUGGCGUUCAGCGCGUGCUCCAGCGGGCGUUGGCAACCGCCGACUCCGAUAACGCCAAGCUCCUCCACGGCAUCAGGGCCCGCUUUCACGCGGCGGGAUUGGACGUGCCACGGGUGGAGGUGAGAUUCCGCAACCUGACGGUGUCCACGGAGGUGCACUACGGCCGCCGGGCGUUGCCAACGCUCCUCAACUACGUCCAUGACAUUGCCGAGAGGCUUCUAAUUUGUUGCCAUCUUUUACGUCCUAAGAAGACCAAGCUCACUAUUCUUGAUGAUGUUAGUGGAGUUCUAAAACCUGGGAGAAUGACACUGUUGCUGGGGCCACCGUCAUCUGGGAAAUCAACGCUCUUGUUGGCCCUUGCUGGUAAACUGGAUCCUCAGCUAAAGAAAAGUGGAGAAGUGACCUACAAUGGAACUUCACUUACUGAAUUUUGUGUACAAAGAACUUCUGCUUAUAUCAGUCAGACAGACAACCAUAUUGGAGAAUUGACAGUGAGGGAAACAUUAGAUUUUGCUGCAAAAUGCCAGGGUGCAAGUGAAAACUACCAAGAGUGCUUGAAGGAGCUAUGCGAUCUUGAAGGGAAGAGAGGAAUAAGACCAAAUCCAGAAAUAGAUGCCUUUAUGAAGACAGCAUCAGUUGGAGGACAGAAACACAAUCUUGUUACAGACUAUGUUCUUAGAGUGCUUGGACUAGAUCUAUGUGCUGAUACUGCUGUUGGUACUGAUAUGGAAAGAGGUGUCUCUGGUGGGCAGAAGAAACGAGUCACAACAGGUGAAAUGGUUGUUGGACCAAGAAAAACCCUUCUCAUGGAUGAAAUAUCUACUGGUCUCGACAGUUCAACGACUUAUCAAAUAGUUAAAUGCAUGAGGAAUUUUGUUCAUGAGAUGGAGGCUACUGUGCUGAUGUCACUUCUUCAACCUGCACCAGAGACAUUUGAUCUUUUUGAUGAUCUAAUUCUUCUCUCAGAAGGACAAAUCAUUUAUCAAGGCCCCACUGUGCGUGUUGUGGACUAUUUCAAUUCGCUAGGAUUUUCACUGCCGCCUCGUAAGGGAAUUGCGGAUUUUCUCCAAGAGGUGACAUCAAGGAAAGACCAAGCUCAGUACUGGUCUGCCAAGUCAAAACCUUAUUCUUUUAUUUCUGCAUCGACAAUGGCUUCUGCAUUUAAACAAUCCGACUAUGGCAGAUCUCUGGUUUCUAUUUUAAGCAACUCUUAUGAUGGCACAAAAUCUCCUAAGGUGCUUGCCAGAUCAAAGUUUGCAGUAUCAAAACUUAGCCUUGUUAGAGCAUGCUUUUACAGGGAGCUUGUUUUAAUAAGACGCAACCGUUUCCUCUACAUUUUCAGGACAUGCCAAGUUGCUUUUGUCGGGGUAAUCACUUGCACAAUCUUUCUUCGCACAAGAUUGCACCCUGUUGAUGAGCAAAAUGGCAAUCUUUAUCUCUCUUGUCUGUUCUAUGGGCUUGUACAUAUGCUGUUCAAUGGUUUUACAGAAUUGCCCAUUACUAUUUCACGGCUUCCAGUGUUUUAUAAGCAGAGAGACAAUUUCUUUCAUCCUGCAUGGGCUUUCUCAAUCCCCAAUUGGAUAUUAAGAAUUCCAUAUUCUCUUAUUGAGGCUGUAGUGUGGUCAUGUGCUGUUUACUACACAGUAGGCUUUGCACCAACUGCUGAUAGGUUCUUUCACUUUAUGCUAUUGUUGUUCUCUGUCCAUCAAAUGGCUUUGGGCCUUUUCCGGAUGAUGGGGGCUAUAGCACGAGACAUGACUAUUGCUAAUACUUUUGGAUCAGCUGCCUUACUGGCAAUUUUUCUUUUAGGAGGGUUCCUUAUCCCUAAAGAGGCUAUACAACCAUGGUGGCAGUGGGCUUAUUGGCUUUCCCCCUUGAUGUAUGGACAACGUGCUAUUUCAGUUAACGAAUUCUCAGCAUCCAGAUGGUCAAAGGUAUUUGGUGCUGGCAACAAUCCUGUUGGAUUCAAUGUUCUUACUUCACACAGUCUCCCUACACAAGAUUACUGGUACUGGAUUGGAGUUUGUGCUUUAUUGGCUUAUGCUGUCUUGUUCAAUGCUUUGUUUACUCUUGCUUUGGCAUUCCUUAACCCUCUACGGAAGGCCCAAGCAAUUAUUCCAUCCAAUUCUGAAGAAACAAAGGAUGCGUUGACAGAUAGUGUAUCAGAUGGACAUGCAAUUGCAGAAAGUAAUGGCAGAAAUUAUGAAGUCAAAGGGCAGAUUGAAGGCGAACUCAACAAGGGAAUGAUAUUACCAUUUCAACCUCUAACAAUGACGUUUCAUAACAUUAACUAUUUUGUUGAUAUGCCAAAGAAAAUGAAAGCAAGAGGUGUACCUGAGAAAAGACUACAGUUGCUAUGUGAAGUAAGCGGAGUAUUUAGGCCACGUGUCUUAACAGCACUGGUUGGUUCAAGUGGCGCUGGAAAGACCACCCUUCUUGACGUUUUAGCUGGUAGAAAAACAGGCGGAUAUAUUGAGGGUGAUAUUAAGAUUUCUGGCCAUAAGAAAGAACAAAGAACCUUUGCCAGGAUAGCUGGUUAUGUUGAGCAAAAUGAUAUACACUCGCCCCAAGUAACUGUUGAAGAGUCCUUGUGGUUUUCAUCAAUCUUACGGCUUCCAAAAGAUAUAAGUACAAAAACAAGACACGAAUUUGUUGAGGAAGUUAUGGCUUUGGUAGAGCUUGAUCAACUGAGACAUGCAUUAGUAGGGAAGCAGGGUUCUACUGGAUUGUCAACAGAGCAAAGGAAGCGCCUUACAAUAGCUGUUGAACUAGUUGCAAAUCCUUCAAUUAUUUUUUUGGAUGAACCUACUUCUGGUUUGGAUGCUCGAGCAGCUGCCAUUGUGAUGCGGACUAUUAGAAAUACUGUUGACACCGGAAGAACUGUUGUUUGCACUAUACACCAGCCCAGCAUUGACAUCUUUGAAGCUUUUGAUGAGCUCCUCCUUCUGAAACGUGGAGGUCGCGUUAUAUAUGGUGGUUCUCUGGGUGUCAAUUCAAUUGAUAUGAUUGAUUACUUUCAGUCCAUUCCUGGUGUUAAUCAUAUCUCUGAAGGCUACAAUCCAGCAACCUGGAUGCUUGAAGUCACCACACAAGCAUGUGAAGAGAUUCUUGGUUUAGAUUUUGCAGUGGUGUACAAAAACUCCGAUCAGUUCAGGGAAGUGGAAGAGUUAAUUAAAGAAUCAAGUAUUCCAGCUAUUGGCACGGAACCUUUGAAAUUCUCAUCAGAGUUUUCACAGAACUUUCUUACUCAGUUCAAAGCUUGCUUGCGUAAGCAAAGACUUGUUUACUGGAGAAGUCCAGAGUAUAAUGUUGUGCGGUUAUUUUUCACGGCAAUUGCAGCUAUCAUAUUCGGAUCAAUAUUUUGGAAUGUGGGGAUGAAAAGAGACACAACAGAAGAUUUGAUGCUUGUCAUGGGAUCUCUUUACGCGGCAUGCCUGUUUCUUGGUGUAAAUAAUGCCUCAUCCGUGCAGCCUGUGGUAUCAACUGAGAGGACUGUCUACUACCGGGAACGUGCUGCUAGAAUGUACUCAUCGUUCCCAUAUGCUGCAGCACAGGGUCUCGUAGAGAUUCCUUACAUUGCAGUCCAGGCACUGAUAUUUGGCCUCAUCACGUACUUCAUGAUCAACUAUGAGAGGAACAUAGGAAAAUUGCUUUUGUAUCUUGUUUUCCUGUUCCUUACUUUCACCUACUUCACGUUCUACGGGAUGGUGGCAGUAGGCUUGACCCCAACACAAGAUGUGGCAGCAGUUGUAUCAUCUGCCUUUUACUCCUUGUGGAAUCUUCUCUCUGGGUUCCUCAUCCCCCAAUCCAGGAUCCCUGGCUGGUGGAUCUGGUUCUAUUACAUCUGUCCAGUGGCCUGGACCCUGCGAGGCAUCGUUACAUCGCAGUUGGGUGAUGUACAAACCAGGAUAGUCGGCCCUGGUUUCGAUGGGACCGUGCAGGAGUUCCUGGAGGAAAGCCUGGGAUUUCAACAGGGGAUGGCUGGUGUCACAGUUGCAGUGCUCAUUGGCUUCUCUCUUUUCUUCUUUGCCAUCUACGCGACUUCUAUCAAGGUUAUAAAUUUCCAGAGAAGGUAA